AGAGAUUGAAUCUCCAUCUUCAAAUGGAUAUAAUUCAGUCCUCUGGUGAUCCAUUAGACAAGUCCUUUGUGCAACCAUCAAUGGAGAAAUUCGUAGAAGAACAGCAUCAAACUGCUAACAAUGAAGAAAAACUGCCAACCACCCUGGUCAGCAAUGGGUGUGUUGAUUUUCGAGGCAGAAUUGCUGACAAGCGAACUACAGGAGGAUGGAAAGCUUCCCCGUUUAUCAUAGUGAAUGAGGUGGCUGAGAGGUUAGCAUUUUUUGCAGUAGCGGUGAACAUGGUGGCUUACUUGGUGCUUGAAAUGCGACAAUCGCUUCCAGCUGCUGCUACUCAUGUGACGGAUUGGAUCGGAGCCUCCUAUGUUCUUACUAUCCUUGGAGCAUUUUUAGCCGAUUCUUAUCUAGGCCGAUUCAAGACCAUUAUCAUCUUCUCUUGCGUCUACGCUGUGGGGAUGGUGUUAUUGACACUCUCAGCCUCCAUAGACAGCCUCCGUCCGCCAGCAUGCACAGCGCCCCCAUGCACAAAAGCAACCGAUGGCCAAAAUACAUUCCUCUUCUUUGCGCUAGCCCUCAUAGCCCUUGGUACCGGUGGUAUCAAGCCGUGCGUCUCAUCAUUUGGGGCCGACCAAUUCGACGAAGCAGACGAGAAAGAAGUGACCAAUAAAUUUUCUUUCUUCAAUUGGUUCUUCUUUGCCAUAAACAUGGGAGCACUCUUAGGCAUAACAGUCAUGGUGUAUAUAAAAGAAAAGAAGGGAUGGGGCUGGGGCUUUGGGGUGCCUACAGGAACCACGAUUGUUUCAAUCAUUAUUUUAGCAGCUGGUAUACGUUACUAUCGUUUCCAAAAGCCUAUGGGGAGCCCUUUCACCAGGUUUCUUCAAGUCAUAGUGGCUUCUGCAAGGAAUCAUUUGAGAGGAGUUAAGUUAGGAAAUGAAGUCCAGCUUUAUGAGGUCAAUACUGAGGAGUCUGAUAUUAAAGGUGCCCGAAAGCUCCCACACACCGCACAAUUUAUGUUCUUGGACAAUGCUGCGGUUGUGACUGACCCAGAAGCCAGCACAGAAAAUCGAUGGAAACUCUGCACGGUAACACAAGUAGAAGAAUUCAAGUCCCUAAUUAGAAUCCUCCCAAUUUGGGCAUCCACAAUUGCUCUGUCCAUUUCCUUUACCCAACUCGCAACCUUCUUCACCAGCCAAGCCACCAUCAUGGACCGAAAACUCACCUCCAACUUCACUAUCCCUGCAGGUUCUGUCACCGUCUUCAGUGCCAUCAAUGCCCUCAUUCUCGUACCCAUCUAUGAAAAAAUGAUCGUCCCAAUCAUCCGUAAAUACACCGGCCACCGUCGGGGCAUCACAUCAUUGCAACGCAUGGGUGUGGGCCUAUUUGUUUCUAUCUUUGCCGUGACCUCUGCUGCUUUGGUGGAGAAAAAGAGACGCGACAGCUCUAGCCCAUCCGAUAUGAGCGUGUUCUGGUUAUUUCCACAGUACUUUUUAAUAGGCACUGCAGAAGUUUUCACCUACGUAGGACAACUGCAAUUUUUCUACGAUGAAGCAACUGAUGGGACUAGAAGUAUCAGUAGCGCAUUGUUUCUUUCUGAGAUUGGGAUUGGAAGUUGGUUAAGUACUGCAAUUGUUAAGAUUAUUGAAAGAACAACGGGUGGAGAAGAAAAAGGAUGGCUAAGGAAUAAUCUUAACAAAAGCAGACUUGAUUACUUCUACUGGAUAUUGACAGCCAUUAAUGGGUUUAAUUUCUUGAUCUUUUUAUUCGUUGCUUGGCGUUACAAGGGUAGGAGCAGCGCAACUAGGAGUGUAAGAGAUGAGUCCAUGGUUAAGGCCACUGGUGAUGGUAGAGAAGCGAAACGGGAGGAAGACUAAGGUGAAUUUCAAAGCAUUGCCUCCUAACUAUAUUGGAUUUUCCUUUUAUCUAUUCAUUCAAUUUAUCAUCUCGACUAUAAAGUUUGUUUAAUGGUGUGAUAUAUAUUUAGGCUUUUGUCUUUUUCAAGAAAUAACACUUAGCUGUGGAAUAUUGUUUUACUAUGAUGAAUUUGAGUAGAAAUUUCCUAUAACUAUCUGGUAUGGCAGUGAAGAAAAAUAUUUUUCCUGUG